UGCCCGCGUCAAUUAUGAAGCUGACUCUCGCCCUCGUCCUGCUGCUUGGAUGUUCCUCCGUCUUCGGACACUCCUCCGAUUUGCCCUCGGGAAUCGAGAAAUGCGGGGCAUCGGACGAGCAGUGCCUGAUGAACGGGGUGAACUAUGUGCUGGGGAAAUACGCCAAGAGCGGCAUCAAGGAGCUGGGACUGAUCCCGCUGGACCCGCUGCACAUCAAGAAGUUCAAAAUUGGCCGUAAUCCGCACAGUCCGGUUAACAUUGACCUGAGCUUCCGCGAAGUGGACCUUUUGGGUCUUCAUAAGGCAGUUGCAAAGCGAGUGAGCGGAUUCACAAAAGAUCUCAGCCGCUCCAUUGAACUGAUUAUGGAUGUGCCCGAACUUACAGUCAAAGGACCCUACUCAGUUGAUGGCAGAAUCCUCAUUCUGCCCAUUACGGGAAAGGGCAAUGCCGAGAUCCGAUUGGCAAAAACCAAGAUCCGGGCUGCUGUCAAAUUAAGGCGUGUUCCCAAAGGCGAUCACCAGACCUUUGCCGAGGUGGUUGACAUCAAGGUGGAGGUGAAUCCCUCCCAUGUCACGUAUCACCUGGAGAACCUGUUCAACGGCCAGAAGGAUCUGAGUGAGAAUAUGCACGUCCUUAUCAACGAGAAUUGGCAGGACAUAUUCAACGAACUAAAACCAGGCAUCUCCGAGGCCUUCGGACAGAUAGUCAAGUCAGUGCUGGACAGGAUCUUUGGUAAACUGCCGCUGGAACAGCUCUUCGUGGUCUAA